GGUUCUCAUAGCUAACAAGCUGGCUUGCUAACUUCUCGCUAGCAGAUGUAUGGAUGGCAUAUUUCACUGGAAACAGAAGAAAUCCGUCUGCAUGGCCUGUGUGUUAAGUAAGUGACCGGCCAGUGUGUGAGGAAGGGCAGAGGUGGCCGUUCAGCCUAAAUAAAGAAAAAGAUGGCUGUGCAAAACAGGAAUGCUGUGUUGGUCCUGUCGAGGCGAGAGCGUGGAGCUCAGAUGUUGGGCUCCAAGCGGCUGCUGCAACAGCUUGUGGAGGACAGGACACGCUGGAUGAAACUUGAUAGUCAGAAAGUGGAGCUUCCAGAUAACCCUCGAUCCACAUUUUUGUUGGCCUUCAGCCCAGACAGAAAUCUCAUGGCCUCUACUCACGUCAACCACAACAUCUACAUCACAGAUGUGAAGACAGGGAAGUGCCUGCACUCUUUAGUCGGUCAUCGACGGACACCAUGGUGUUUGACCUUUCAUCCAACCAUUCCUGGCCUUGUGGCUUCUGGUUGCCUUGACGGAGAAGUCCGCAUCUGGGAUUUACAUGGUGGCAGUGAGAGCUGGUUUACAGAAGGAAACAUAGCCAUUGCGUCCUUGGCUUUCCACCCUACAGCCCAGCUGCUUCUAAUCGCCACUAACAAUGAGCUGCACUUUUGGGACUGGAGCCGACCUGAGCCCUUUGCUGUUGUUAAGACUGGCAGUGAGACUGAGCGUGUCAGGCUUGUGCGGUUUGAUCCUCUUGGUCACAAUCUUUUGACAGCUAUUGUGAAUCCAUCAAACCAGCAGAAUGAUGAGGACUCUGAAGUUCCAGUGGACAGCGUGGACGUGGCGCUGUUCCGUCAGCGAUCGCUUCUCCGCUCCCCACCAGUUCGUCGUACUCCGAUUUUGCACAACUUCUUACACAUCCUUUCCUCUCGUUCCUCUGGAGUGCAUACUGGUGAUCAGUCCCGGCCUGUUUCAGAAUCUCGGGAAACCCCAUCCAGUAUGCCUCUGUUCCAGUACCCUGGACGGAGUGAGCUCCCAGACCGGCCUCCUCAGCAGAGCUGCACUCAGCACCUGGGGCUUGGGUGCCUGUGCAGCCGGUGUGCUGCUGCCUCUCGAAAUGUUCAGAACCCCUCAUCCAUGCAGACAACGGACUCUACACACUCUUUUCCUCACCCACACUCGCAGCUUCCCAGCCAACCACGUCCUACGACAGACAGGCCUUCUGCUUUUAGCAGUGUGCAUAGCAGCACUGCAGGGAGCUCGCUACACCGUGGCCUGUCAUCUCUCAGAACUAGCAUUGCUAUGAGUGGCGCUCCAGAGCCAUCUGCUCGUUUGCCUGCUGCUGACUGGUCUAGAAACUUGCUUGGCACAGGCUCUGAACUUACAUUAGGCGAUGCAACAACAAGUAUUGUUGGCAGGGGUGUUUUGCCACCUCCCAGAACCAGUUCCUCUUCUGUGGGUCUGCACAGGUACCCAGACAGCUCUUCCUCCUUGUCCUCCUCACCUAUCUACACUUCAGCCACCGAGGGUCGCGGUCUGCCUCUGCCAGGUGCUGACCCCAGACAGGGCAGAUCCAGUGACGGAACCAGCAGUGGGCAUCACCCUUUCUAUGACGGGGCUCAACGGAAUAACUCCAUUCGAAAUGUGCUCCAAUGCAACCUGAGCCGCUACUUUAUGGAAUACGAGCGCAUGCAGGACCUAGAAAGAUCAGGCUCUGGCCGUGAGGCAGGCACACAGGGACCAGUGCAAGAAAUGCUAGCAAGCAGCAUGGAAUCAGAGAGAGCAGGCCCUUCCCACCGAAGCUCUGCUCAUGCUGCGGAUGGGACCAACAGUGGCAGCCAACAGCACAACCAUCCAAACCGCUGCCGCUCAUGCAACAAUCUUCUUAGCUUCAAUCACGAUACCCAGCGCUGGGAGCGUUCAAGCCAGGCUUCCUCAGCUUCAGCUCAAGAGGCACCUCCCUGGCAGCUGCCCGAGCCUCCUUUUGAGGUGCAUGCCCAGACUUCAAGAGAAGAACCCCAUCCUCCGGAAGAGCCGCAACAGCCCAUUCAGAGUCAGCACCCAAUGGGUCUGGUGUAUAAUCAGGACACUGGCCAGUGGGAGCGAGUGUAUCAGCAGGCCACAACCAACCCCUCCACUGAAGCAGCACAAGAAGCCUUAAACCCAGACGUGCCUGUGGACAGUGCUGAUGAGGACUCUCUCAGAAGGAGGCUCCUGGAGUCUUCACUUUUCCCUUUCUCCCGGUACGACAUGUCCGGUUCCCGUGAUCAUCCUAUCUACCCGGAUCCGGCCAGGUUGUCUCCUGCAGCGUAUUAUGCUCAGAGGAUGAUCCAGUAUCUGUCUCGAAGGGAAAGCAUUCGUCAGCGUUCCCUACAGAAUCGACUGCGUACGCUCUCCACCUCCUCCGACAACCAGGGUAGCAAUCCUUCAUCCACACCAGCAGAUGGCAGUGAUGCGGACUAUGAGGAGAUAGAGGAACCAGGAGAUCGUACAAGACACAGAAUGCCUCGCAACGCACGAAUGUCUGCACCCUCCCUUGGCCGCUUUGUUCCAAGGAGGUUUCUGUUGCCUGAAUAUCUUCCUUAUGCUGGCAUUUUCCAUGAGAGAGGGCAGUCAGGCCUGGCAACACACUCAUCAAUCAACAGAGUGUUAGCAGGGGCAUCGAUUGGUGAUAAUCAGUCUGCAGUAGCCAGUAACAUAGCCAACACCACUUACAGACUGCAGUGGUGGGAUUUCACUAAGUUUGACCUGCCUGAGAUCAGCAAUGCCUCUGUGAAUGUUCUGGUUCCAAACUGCAAGAUCUAUAAUGAUGCCAGCUGUGAUAUAUCAGCUGAUGGGCAACUGUUGGCUGUGUUCAUACCCAGCAGUCAGCGGGGCUUUCCAGAUGAGGGCAUUCUAGCUGUUUACUCUCUUGCCCCUCACAACCUGGGAGAGACGCUCUAUACUAAGCGAUUUGGUCCCAAUGCUAUCUCUGUGAGCUUGUCUCCAAUGGGCUGCUACGUUCUGGUGGGUCUGGCCUCUCGCAGGAUUCUGCUCCAUCCUACCACCGACCACAUAGUGGCGCAAGUGUUCCGCUUACAGCAACCGCAUGGUGGAGAAACCUCCAUUAGGAUGGUGUAUCCUGUUACAUACCCCAUGGCUCCAGACCAGCGUAGACAUGUGAGCAUUAACUCUGCUCGCUGGCUGCCUGAACCUGGUAUGGGCCUGGCUUAUGGGACCAGCAAGGGGGACCUAAUCAUCUGCAGACCUGUCGAUUACCGAAAUGAUGGAGACAGCAGUUCUGAUCAUAGCUCAGAUCCUCUAUUCAACAUCAGCAGCAGCAGCAGUCGGACACGUGGAGUGGAACGACCAGGUACGAGUAGGUCUGCUUGGCGGUUGGACAGGGACAUGGGUCUGAUGAGUGCCAUUGGCUUGCAGCCUCGACAACCCGCUCCCUCAGUGACCUCACAAGGGACACAGACACCUAUUGUGCGUCUACAGAAUGCAGAGACUCAGACGGAGAGAGAGCUGCCUUCAACAAGUUCUUUACAGACUACACACACACAACAACACUUGGCAGACAGUAGUCAGAUGCAGACUACCAGCACAGAGACACUCCCACAUAGUGCAAUGCCAUAUGCACACACCCAUGGAGCUGCAUCCCAUGAUUCCUCUACUCUUACUGACUCACUAAGCACCAAUCAAGCUGAGUCUCAGGUGGAUCCUGGCCCAAGUGAAGACGCUCUGUCUAGGAUCCGGCGUCUGAUGGCGGAGGGUGGGAUGACUGCAGUUGUCCAGAGGGAGCGCAGCACCACCAUGGCCUCCAUGGGAGGUUUUGGCAACAACAUUGUGGUGAGCCACAGAAUACAUCGUGGCUCUCAAACCCCAGCAGGAGCAUCACAAUCAAGCAACCCAUCAGGCGCAGGAGAAAGCAGCCUAGACACAAGACUUACUAUGUUCUCUGACUCCUCUGACAAUCCUGCAGAAAUGCCCUCUACAUCUGCUCUUCCCUCUUCAAGCACUGGUACUGCGUUAGAGGCUUCCUCUUCAUCUGUGCCUGUUGAGGAUAUGGUUGAGGACGGUCAGAUUGAAGAGCCCCAUCCUUCAAGCAGUUUGUACAUGUCUAACAUUAGUAACAACAACAAUAACAACCAUGAAGGUAGCAGCAGAGAUUACCCAGAUGAUCUAUACAGCAGAUAGUGCUGCUUCUGGCACUCACAGACACACACAUUUUAGUCUAGCAGGGCUGGCAUAGAUUAGGCAAGAUUUGAAAGGUUUCUUGUCUGGACUUGCCAAAAAGGACUUCUGAGGUAAAACUGUGGGCUUGUGGUUUUGCCUCCUGCUUUGGCCUUAUUUGCGAAAUGAGUGCCAAAUUUACACUCUUGUAAAAUGUUUCACAGAGGAUUUCUUCAUGGAAAGCAAUUGUUAUUGCACUUGAUCAUUGCACUUCAGUUUUAGUUUAGUCUUCUUUCAAAGUUGUAUCAGACAUUUGAGCAUUCCAUUGCCAGAAAGGGCUUGUACUUGAGUCUUUCCUUGUGCUGAGGUACUGAGGUACAGAAUUAGUGCUCCUUCACCAGUCACAAUAUGGUAUUUGUUGGCAAUGCCUUAGAAAAGGUACUUGUUGGCAAGGCUAGAGAAAUGGUUCUGGCCUCACAAAAAAGGUACCUGCCUCUGCAAGCCUGCAGUAAAAGCUGUUUGUCUUAGCACCACUUGGUCAUUUUUUAUUUCAUUUCAAGCACCGUUUAACAGCUGAAUCGAAGGAAAUGAAUCCUGUAAUUAUUAUGUGCACCUCCACUGUUACAUGGUGGUCUUUGCAGAUUAAGGUUGUACAUUUUUAAUCAACACUAUGUACACAGUCCAAAGCAGCCCAUAUGUACAUUGAAAUGUUUUAUGGCUUUUAAGUUACUGUAUGCUCUGGAAAUGCUUUUUUAUUAAUUAUCUGGUAAAUGCAUUUCAGUUAAAAACGAAUAGUUUUUCAGUUCAAAUAUCAAAGUCAAUAACAUGUUUAUAUCUGCUUCAUUUCGUACCAUUGAAGAGGGCCAAAACAAAACCCGAACAUGUUACAACUCCAAAUGUGUGUGCCUGCAAUAGAUGUGGAUGCUUACUGGGCUGAUUUGUAUUUUUAGUCAGACUUUGUCCUCUGAAACAUGCUGCUUCUGCUCAUAUAUGUUCUGCCUGAGAUUUCAGCUAUUCUGUCAGAUUUCACUAAUCAUGGAUACCUGCACCAUCUAAAGUGGAAUCUGGUGUCUGAUUGCACUACACUCCCUGGUUUCUAUCUGUGACAGUCGGGACAUGUCUCCCAAACAAACCGGGGUAUAGGACUAAUACUUGAAGUACAUAGAGUAUGAUUAUAGCUAAUGAGUUGUUGGAAAAACAGCCUUGAACCAGCAGGCUUGAUUUGCAUUAAACCACGCACAGAUUGCUUAAAAUCACUGAACAAGAGAGCAUGGACUUGCACGGUGCGUGUACUACUGUGUAUGAGUGCUUGUAUCACAGGUAAGUGGAGCUCCAACCAGGGAAUGAUAAACCAAGAAAUGAGCUUGCGUUCAAUGGUUCUUGUUUGUUUGGUUUAAGUGUCCCUAGCCUGUUGAAAUUUUGUUGUUCUAGUCAUCUCUGUUAAGCAUAGCUGCGGGAUGUAGAGCUAUGGACCUAUGAAUCUAACAUUAAGAAACGUCCUAGUUUGAUUUUAUUUGGUGUUGUAAUACAUUUUAACAGUUUGGGUAGGUUUGACAGUGUGCUCUUUAGUAGCUUCACUUUUAGCUUUUAUUAUUUAUCUCUAGAUCCUGACAUCAAAAAAGGACCACAUGUGUUUGUAUAGCAGAUUUGAUCAGUGUUAUAGUACUUUUCAUUUAAACAGAGUGAGCGAGAGAGUGAGAAUUUUUUGACAAAUGACGUGACUGUCAAGCCUCCAUGCCCUUUUAAGCUUUGAGUGAUUCAUUUUUGGUAGUUUUAUAUUUAUUUCACACUUAGCCCUGUUUAAAAUUAAUGUCCUUCUUUUCCUACAAACACAGUGAAUAAUUUCGGAACUGUAAUAUGGUAAUAAGAAGCCCAGUUAAGAAUAUGUUCUGUUACUCUGUUUAUUCUAUUAGAGAAAUAUAUCAGAUUAAUUCUUGUUUAGAUUUACAAUAUCAAACCAUGCGGUGCAUAUUUGCGUUUGAAAGAUGUUUUGUGUGUUUGUCUGCAGGUUUCAUUUUAGCAUUUUAGGCGUCCUGAAGCAUGAAAAAUUAGAAAAUAUACCAGCAGAGAACUAUCUGAUAUAAAGAGACAAAUAUACAUUACUGACUCUGUGCCAGUUUAAUGUGCUGUAUCACUGCUGGGUCAGUGCGCAAGAAAUUUAAGGCAUGAUGGUGGCUAAACAGGACUCGGUUGUCCCUUAGGCCUUACAUUAAAGAAAGAACUUUAAUCAAAUGAAGUGUAUCUUUUUUUUUUUUUAAUUUGCUGAAUCUGGUUUUCCGUCUUUGUUGAAAGUGCUGUUGGACGCCAAAGACCCAGUGUUAUGAUGGUUAAAAGAGAUUUAAUAAAAUGGGAAUAUUAAAAGUA